AAGGAGUGGAGCUGGCCUGGGAGAGGAGCGGAUCCCUCCCAGCACCCUCAGGCCACCCGUUGCCUGCACUCUCCCUGCCAGACCUCCAGCGAGGAGAGACUUGGGACAGCCAGCCUCAGGUUCCCCCAGGAGGAUGCUCACUAUGGCUCCAGUCCCUUGGCCAUGUUGACAGCUGCAUGCAGCAAAUUUGGUGGCUCCAGCCCUCUGCGGGACUCAACAACACUGGGCAAAGCAGGCACAAAGAAGCCAUACUCUGAUCUUUCAGCUCCCAAAACCAUGGGGGAUGCCUACCCAGCCCCCUUUUCAAGCACCAACGGGCUCCUCUCACCUGCAGGCAGUCCUCCAGCACCCACCUCUGGCUAUGCCAAUGACUACCCACCUUUUUCUCAUUCAUUCCCUGGGCCCACAGGCACCCAGGACCCUGGGCUACUAAUGCCCAAGGGACACAGCUCUUCUGACUGCCUGCCCAGUGUCUACACCUCUCUGGACAUGGCACACCCAUACGGCUCUUGGUACAAGGCGGGCAUCCAUGCAGGCAUCUCUCCAGGCCCAGGCAACACUCCUGCUCCUUGGUGGGACAUGCACCCUGGGGGCAACUGGCUAGGUGGUGGGCAGGGCCAGGGUGAUGGGCUGCAAGGGACGCUGCCCACAGGCCCUGCUCAGCCUCCACUGAACCCCCAGCUACCUACCUACCCAUCUGACUUUAACCCCCUUAAUCCAGCCCCCUACCCAGCACCCCACCUCCUGCAACCAGGGCCCCAGCACGUUCUGCCCCAAGAUGUCUAUAAGCCCAAGGCUGUUGGCAAUAGUGGGCAGCUGGAAGGGAGUGGUGGAGCCAAACCACCUCGGGGUGCAGGCACUGGGGCCAGCGGUGGAUAUGGGGGCAGUGGGGCAGGGCGCUCCUCCUGUGACUGCCCCAACUGCCAGGAGCUAGAGCGGCUAGGGGCAGCAGCAGCUGGGCUGCGGAAGAAGCCCAUUCACAGCUGCCACAUCCCUGGCUGUGGCAAAGUGUAUGGCAAGGCCUCACACCUGAAGGCGCACUUACGCUGGCACACAGGAGAGAGGCCUUUUGUCUGCAACUGGCUUUUCUGUGGCAAGAGGUUCACCCGUUCCGAUGAGCUGGAGCGCCACGUUCGUACUCACACCAGGGAGAAGAAGUUCACCUGCCUGCUCUGCUCUAAGCGCUUUACCAGAAGUGACCACCUGAGCAAACACCAGCGCACCCAUGGCGAGCCAGGCCCGGGACCCCCUGCUAGUGGCCCCAAGGAGCUAGGGGAGGGCCGUGGCGUGGGAGAAGAGGAGACCAAUCAGACACCCCGACCUUCGGCCUCACCAGCACCCCCAGAGAAAGCCCCUGGAGGCAGCCCGGAGCAGAGCAACCUGCUGGAGAUCUGA